UGGAAAACAUCUUGGAAAAAGCUUGAUUUUCAUGAAGACAUGAGGGAUAUCAAAGAAGAGAAGAGGAAAUACCUAGAGGAAUGUCAUCGUGGGAAAGUGUUGCACUCAAAUUGGACGGACAACAACCAAGUGGAGAGGAUCUUUAAAAGAUGGUGGACAUGGGAGGAAAGGCAGUACUGGAAAGGAAGGAGGAGUGGGGGGGUGGAGGGACAUGGGAUGGCGUGAGGACCGAGGCCUGUGGUUGGUUUGAUCUGAGCCACGUGUGCGUCCAGCCACGUCUCUUCACCGCUUCAUGGAUGUCAAUGAAACGUUGGCUUCUCCUGCCGCCUUCUGUCUUGGCCCAGGUUUUCUGAUAUGCGAGUCCUUGAGGAAGAAACCAGACAGUCGAGCUUCAGUCUGUCACUCUGCAGUGGGUUAACAGAUCAACAACAAGUGUCAAGGUGUCUAUGAAGAAGGCACUGUUAUUCUGGGUAGCUCCUAGGUAUGAAUCCCUUUAAUCAAAUGACUGUGAAGCAGAACAGUGCUCGACUAUAGAAAACACCCACAGAAUAUAUAAAAGUUAAAACACAGGCUCUCCUGGCAAUGUCAUUGCUCUGCUCUGUGAUGAGGUUAAAAAGGGGUUUUAGGAUGAGGAACAUGCUCUACCUCCAAAAUACAGGGCAGCCUUGAUUGAACUCUGUACCGUCACCCUCUUUAUCCACAGCCAUGAGUGCAACUGUAAGCUGAUAGUAUGUGAUCAACAGCACUGUGGUACAUACCAUCCUACUGCUUCACCACCUCAAUAAAAACCUAGCUGGACUAUUCAGUCUGUGUUGUGAAAAUGGCAGAAGAGGGUUUCCAGCUCAGAGCUUUCGACAGCAAAAACCGCACAGGGGACGACGAGCACCUGCCAGCUGAUUUCCCAACGUCAUCACUAGCCUCUCUCCAUCUCAGGGAGGAGGCUGUGUUCGUCAACGAGAGCACCGACCAUAUGGUGAAUAAUCCUGAGCCCCAUUCUUUAUUUCCUGAGAUGAUGUCAUCACUGCUUAACCAAUCACAACAGCAGACAGACAUUUCCCCUGCAACUAGGCCUGAGCCUUCACCAGUAGUUCAAGAAUUUUUGGAGCCUGAGAUGGGCCAAAACGACAGCGAGGCGCAGUCACACACCCUGAUGGCAUUUAUGCAGGAGCUUUCCUCCCCUGUUGAUCAUGAUGAUGCGUUUCCUGCCUUAAGAACCAACACUGCCAAGGAAGGAGGACCCAAGAACAACAUAACCAAAGCGAUGGCAGCAUGUGACUCCAGCACUGAUGGCAACCACCUGUCUGAUGCAGAGUGGUACUGGGGAAAUAUCUCGAGAGAGGAAGUAAACGAGAUGAUGAGAAACACCCCUGAUGGCACAUUCCUGGUCCGAAAUGCUUCUAGUAAGGUUAAGGGGGAAUACACUCUCACACUAAGAAAAGAUGGCUCCAACAGACUGAUAAAGAUCUUUCAUCAUGGGGGAAAGUACGGCUUUUCUGAGCCACUGGCCUUUCCCUCUAUGGUGGACUUGAUCCAGUAUUACCAGAACAAGUCUCUGGCCCAGUACAACGCUAAACUGGACACACGGCUACUCUACCCCAUAUCCAGGUACCAGCAGGUGGGUUUAUGA